AUGUCUUCCUCGUUGCGUAACUCUCUUUCGAAGAAAUAUACUUGCCUCACAGGAUUGGCAAAUCCCGAACCCCACUAUAGAAAAACAAGACAUAAUGUAGGUGUAUUAAUGCUUGAUUUAAUAAAAGAAAGGCUUGAGCAGAAAGUUGGCACUACCAUACCAUAUAAACCAAGCACAAGAUCAAAAUAUAUUCAUUAUUGUAGUUUCAAGGAUAUCAAAGUCAAUGUUCCUCCGAUGAGAGUAUCUAAUCCUAAUACACUUUCUACAAGUAUACUAUGUUUGUUAAGAAGCGAUGGAAACUACAUGAAUCUUAGUGGAGAGACUAUACGACCUGUAUGGCAAGCAUUAUCAAGAGCAAUCCAUGGUACAGAUCAAUUGACACAUAUUGUGUUACACGAUGAGUUGAGCCUACCAUUAGGUAAAGUGCAACUAAGAGUCCCCGGAAGGAGUCUCAGAGGACACAAUGGAUUGAAAGAUAUAUUGCGGAUGUGUCCCGAUAUACCACAUUACAACCUUUCCAUUGGGAUAGGUAGACCAGAAUCGCAUGAGGCCCGCGAUGUUGCUGACUAUGUCCUAGGCAAAUUCAACCCUGCAGAGCUUGAAAUAUUACACACUAAGACAUUAGACCAAAUAUGGCAGCUCCUCCAUCCUGAUAUAUUAAAAUUCCAGAGCAAGUGA